AUGGCGCAUCCAUGCUUCUCCUCUUCUCUUAAUUUCAACUCAUCCUCUCUUUCUCUCUCCUCCCCGAACCCUAGCUCGUCGCCUUCUUCAUCCCUCAAGACAUUCUCUUUCCCGUCCCAAACCCUCCGUUCAGGAUAUGGAUUUUCUAGAAAAACGAAGCAAUCGGACCUCAAGUGUUCUUCAGCUGCGCACGUGCCGGAGUCUUACGCUCCGGCAAGGAGCUCGCGAAGUGGUGUUUGGUCAAUUAGGGACGAUUUGCAAAUACCUUCAUCGCCAUACUUUCCAGUUAACGCGCAAGGGUCACUGGCCCCAAUGGUGCACGAGCAAUUUAUGAGUGCCGUUGGCCAACUUCUUCAAUAUAGGAUAAUACGAUGCGGUGGACCUGUGGAGGAUGACAUGGCAAACAUAAUUGUAGCUCAGUUGCUCUAUCUGGAUGCUGUGGAUCCCACUAAGGAUAUAGUCAUGUAUGUGAACUCUCCAGGUGGAUCGGUUACUGCUGGUAUGGCAAUAUUUGACACAAUGAAGCAUAUUAGGGCAGAUGUCUCAACUGUAUGUGUCGGACUUGCAGCUAGCAUGGGAGCUUUUAUUCUUGGUGCUGGUACUAAAGGUAAAAGAUACAGCCUACCAAAUACAAGAAUAAUGAUCCAUCAGCCUUUAGGUCAAGUACAAGGUCGGCAUUCGGACGUAGAAAUUCAGGCAAAUGAAAUGUUGCAUCACAAAUCGGUUUUAGCAAGUUAUUUAGCCUACCAGACCGGGCAAAGCCUAGAGAGAAUCAACAAAGACACUCAAUUCGAUUUCUUCAUGAGUGCUACAGAAGCCAAAGAGUAUGGGCUCAUAGAUGCUGUCAUCUCAAACCCUCUUAAAGCCCUACAACCACUUGCAGAAGCUUAA